GGCGCGGCCAUGAAGAGGACCCGAGAGGAGGUGGACGCCACGCUGGAGAUCGCCAAGCUGAAUCCCGACGAGCUGCUGCCGACGGUGCACUGCCUGGGCUUCGGCCCGCGGGCCAGCGGCGCCGCGGCGGGCGACUUCUGCCUGCUGCAGCUGGAGCCCGCGCUGUGCCAGCAGCUGGAGGCCGGACACAGUCUUGUGAUUCGUGGUCAUGAAGACGACCAGGCUGUGGUGUGCAGUAAAGACAAAACAUACGACUUGAAAAUAGCAGACACUUCCAAUAUGUUGCUUUUUAUUCCUGGUUGUAAAACUCCAGACCAGCUAAAGAUGGAAGAAAUACAGGGUAACAUUAUUCACACUGAGAUCUUUGGUUUUUCAAACAAUUAUUGGGAAUUAAGAAGAUGUAGACCUAAAUUAAAGAAGCUAAAGAGACUUUUGAUGGAAAAUACCUACGAAGGACCUGACAGUCAAAAAGAAAAGAAUUCAAAUUGCUCAAAAUAUACAACUGAAGAUUUACUUGAUCAAAUUCAGGCAAGUGAGGAAGAAAUAAAGGCCCAAUUACAAGUUCUAAAUGCCUGUGAGAUUGGAGGAUAUUGGAGAAUCCUGGAUUUUGAUUAUGAAAUGAAACUUCUCAAUCAUGUCACUCAGCUUGUGGAUUCAGAGUCUUGGUCUUUUGAUAAAGUCCCUUUGAAUGUGUGUCUUCAAGAGCUUGGCCCACUGGAGCCAGAGGAAAUGAUCGAACACUGUCUUAAAUGUUAUGGAAAGAAAUAUAUUGAGGAAGGGGAAAUAUAUUUUGAAUUGAAUGCUGAUAAAAUAUGCAGAGCAACUGCACACAUGCUACUUCAGAAUGCAGUAAAAUUCAAUUUUGCUGAGUUUCAAGAAGUGUGGCAACAGAGUGUUCCUGAAGGAUUGAUAACUAAGCUUGAUCAGCUUAAGGGUUUAGCAUUGGUAGAUAGACAAUCACAACCAGAAAUCAUAUUUUUGCUAAAAGUAGAUGAUUUACCUGAGGAUAACCAGGAACGUUUUAAUACUCUAUUUUCUAUAAGGGAGAAGUGGACAGAAGAAGAUAUUGCUCCAUAUAUUCAGGAUUUGUGUGGAGAGAAGCAAACAAUAGGUGCAUUACUUACUAAAUAUUCCCGAUCUUCGAUGCAAAAUGGAAUUAAAGUUUAUAAUUCAAGAAGACCUAUUUCUUAAAAGAGCAAAUCUUUUCUUUGGGACAGAAGUUUCUUUACACAAUU